AUGCUCUCCUUCUGUGCCGCCGCUACUUACGGGGCUCCGUGCGCGGUCGCCACCGUCCCGCUCGUCACCUUCGACGGAGCUCCCGGCACCACCUUCACCUUCAACGAGCUGAACGACCCCGUCAUGGGCGGGCAGUCGACUGGCACCUGGAAGGUUGAGAACGGCAUCGGCGUGAUGAACGGCGUCGUCGCCGACGUGCCGUCCCUCAAGGCUCCCGGCUUCAUCAAGGCGGCGGCGGACGGCAGCUUCCCCAACGCCAGCGCGGCGGCCGGCGGCUCGCUCGAGCUGCUCGUGCGCUCCAAGACGCCGGAGUACAAGGGCUUUCGCGUGACGGUUGCGGCCGGUGCGCUCUCCCCGUCGUUCGCCUGCGCCGGAGGCGGCAACCUCCCUCUCUCGCGCGGCUGCUACAAGGCCAAGUUCUCCGUGCCGGGCGGCGACGGCUGGCAGCGUGUCGUGCUGCCGCUCUCGUCGUUCAGCGACCUCUGGUCGUCCGCCACGGGCGAGCACACCAAGGAGUGCUCCGAGGACGCCUCCGCCUGCCUGACGGCCAAGCAGCUCGGCAACAUCCAGCGGGUCGAGCUCUGGGCGGAGGGCGCGGACGGCACGGUCAACCUCGAGUGCAAGGCGGUGACCGCGGGCUGGGUUCGGGUCCUCGACCCGAUAGGGGACGCCGCCCGCCUCCUCCUCGGACUGACAGACGAGGACACAACAAGCGACUGGCCAGCCAUGCUCUUCGCCCUCGCGGGCCAUCCGCGCGUCGUCACGCGCCGGCAGGUCACGGGUCUAGCGAUGGCGCUCGGCGGCGAGGGCUCCGAGUCUGCGGGUUCAGAGUGGGAGUCGGCUUUGACGCCGAGCUUUGACUAUGCGGCAUGGUCGACAGACCUGCACGAAUACUUGGGCGACGGCCCCUUCGUCAGACCGCUCAUGGAUCGGCUUGCCUGCCUAGAUGCUGCGUACGAGGAGCUCAAGGCGGACAACGCGGCGCUGCAGGCCGAGGUCGCCCGGCUGAAGGCGCAGCUGGCGGACGCGGGCUCUGGGCCCGCCGGUGCCAGUGCCGGGGGCGGGAAGGGCUUUGGCGGCGGCGAGGCGACGCGCGACCCCGAGCCGACCGAGGUGGACCCCAACGACCCGAAGGCGAAGCAGCAGGCGAUUCACAAGGCCGAGACCUUCGCUGAGUACAUCGCGAAGCGGAUCGCGCCCUUCUAG